GUGAGACCUGCCAACAGGAGCAGUUCUGUAGAAAUGAGCCGCACAGAGAAACUGCUCAUCAUCUAUGAGACGGAGGCGAAGCAGUGGGCCACCUACCUUCAGUCAGCCUUCACCGGGCAAAUCCCAGAGGAUGGCAUCUGCUGCUACGAUGUCAACACGCCGUCCAGAAAAGACGACUUUGUCAGGUUGUCUCGCUACGCCUGCAAGCUGCUGAUCCUUUCCAAGGGGAUGCUGGAAGGUCUUCACCACAUGAGGCGCUUCUUCCUGUCCAGGGUGCUGAGUCCUGCAGCCUGUGUGGUGGUUCUGCUGUGUGGCGUGGACAGUCUGACCCCGCUGCUGGACCGGGUGCCCAUCAACGGUGACGAGUGCCUGCAGAUCUCCUGCAAGCAAGACGCUCCAGAGUAUGUGAGCAAUGUGAUGGAUAUUAUACAAAAAGGUGGAUCAGCAAUGGCAGCAAAUGUGAACCCCAGGACACACAGACCAUCUGGAUCCAGGGACGAGGAGAUGCAGUCAUCUGGAGCCGACAGGGUCAAAUCCAGGGUUCUUAUCACUCCCUCCAGGAUUCCCUGUGGGAGUUCAUCGGAGGUUUUCGUACUCCUGACAAAUGACUUGGCAGCCUGCGACUGCGAGGUCGAGUUCAAGGCAGAGAGGAAGAUAGAGAGAGUGAAGCCUGUCUGCUGGAGUGAGCGCAUCCUGUGUGUCAGUACACCAGCUGAUUUUCCUGCUGGAAAUGUAAGCAUGACUAUCUACAGUGGUGGAAAAACCCUCACCAGCUCUAAACUGCAGUACUACACAAGAAUUGAAGAACUCACCCAUCUUCUGUCAAGUGUGACAGACCCUGUAGAGUUCAUGUGUCAGGCUCUUCAGGCUUGCUCUGUGGAAAAGUUGGAUCAGAAGUUGUCUUCCAUGCUGCUAGAGCUGAUGCCCACAGGAGGCUUUCAGGGACUGCAAGUAGAAAACACACAAGAAAGAGCAGAGGUCCACCAUGGGGACAUGCCCUCACUCCUCCACUUCGCCGCUCGGUAUGGAUUCAGGAGCGUCUCGGGUCUGCUCCUGCAGUGUCCGGGCGCUGAACGAGCUCUGCGCAUGGCUAAUCAACACGGACAGACUCCUGCAGAGAUCGCCAAAAGUCACGGCCAUAAAGAGCUUCACGUCAUUCUAAAGGAAAAGCUGAAGGUGCUUGGCUCAGGCGACGACAACAGUGUGUAUGAAAUGAUGUGCAAUGCAAGCAAACAGAGAAAAUCUGAGGGGGAGGACGAGGAUCUCUACACGCCACUCGAGGUGAACGACGAAUCGAAUUCCAACUUCAAAUCUGAAAAGACCUUAGACCUUACCAACCGUCCGCCAGCACCCACACCCAGGCCUGAGUGCAUGCAGCUGAAAGAGGGCAGAACCCCAUACAUUGCACAAGUGUUUAAAAAGAAGAAAAUACCCGGGGGGGACACUGAUGUGUAUUCACUUACAUCUAAGCAGGCUCAAAGACAAGAAGGCAGCGCCUCUGGCACCUACGAUACCUUCGUACCCAAUAAGAUGCAGCUUGAGCAGCUGGCGGAGCUCCAGCAGAGGAAAAAGACCGAUUCGCUCUCUAUGGACAAGGCUCUCAAUCACAUCAGCGACCAGCAGCAGCAGGUCCAAAAGAGCGCGGUUAACAGGCAGGAGGAUAAGCUGAGUCACCUGAGAGCCGGCGUCAUCAACAACAGAGACGACUGUGUGUACGAUAAAAUCAACAAUGUUCACCUUACACCAAGCUAUCAGGUGAAUGAGAGUCGCAGAGAAAACCAACCGUCUGACUCUGGGUUUUAUACAAAGCCACUAAAAGAGCAGCAGAGCUUUCGGAGAGCUGACAAACAGUGAACGUACAUGUCAACAUUAUUAACGCGAUAAAAAUAUUUUUCCGAAUUACGCUUCUCUUCUUUAUGUGAACAUCCAAUAAAACCAAAGUUUUCUGUUUUAGUUUCUAUUCUAUGGGAAUUGGCCAGUUUCUGAAAAAGGAAAUCACACCCCACUGACUUCAGUUUUUACAUUUUCUGUAUGCAUCCAGGGUUUUUUGGAUUUGUUUGAAUUUAGAUUUUUUUUGUACACUUUAGGUUAGAUUUAAAGGAUUUCAGAACCUAGUAAUGGACCAUUGAUGUAUUUAUUCAAACCCUAUAUUUAUUAGAGGGCAUACCUUAUUUUUUUUACCAUGACUAUACAGUCCUUAAAAAGUAUUAAGAAGUCACAAUUACAAAGGUUAGAUCCCACGAUGAAACCGCCACUGUUACAUUAUGUCACAUUAUUUUAGAAGAACUCACUAUAGCUGUGGUAUUUAUGUAAAUCAAGUAAAGGUAAAGAUAAAAAAAUAAAUAAAGGUAAUUUUAUUUUCAGAUCUUUGCACAGCAGAUUUUUAUGCUGCUGUAUAAAAAUAAGCCUCUUCUGUCAAAUUUAAAUGUCUUUUACAAGUGUUAGAAAAGUCAGUAGUAGUUAUCUUGACUUCUGAAUGGAUUUUAAUGAAGUUUGUCUCCUUGUAUAUAAAUUGUGGCAUUUAAUUACGCAUCAUUUC